CUUCUGGUGCCCUCUUCUAUUUUUCCUUGUUCCCUACUCCCACCCCAAAAGCAUUCUGGAUAUAAACCAGUGGGACGAGGACGUGACUUCAGGACAAUAAAACAGACGCUAGUGUGAAAGAGUAUAAAGACACCAGCACGGUGUGAUACUGGAGGAGCAUCGGCAAGCACAACUUCCGAAAGGACCAAUCCAAAGACCUCCAUUUACGCAGUCCAAGAGGACUGACAUAUUUUCACUGUCAGGGACUUAACCAUGAAGUUUAGUGUGCUACUGUUUUUUGCUGGGCUCUUUGGUGCUUUGGGGACAGUCUUCAUCCUCCUAUCAUUCGGUACAGAUUAUUGGCUCUUGGCUUGGGAGACUUCCAAAACAGAUUCUCAGCUGCCGGACACUGUAGAGCAUGGGAAUUUGACCUUUUACCAUGAGGGCUUUUUCUGGCGCUGCUCAUUUGAAGGAGAAGGGGACGAGGACAUCCUUUUGAAGUUCUGGUUCACAAACCAGCCAUUCACCAAAAAGUGCGUACAAGCCUACCUCUCUCCCUUCCCUGUAUCUGAACAGACCCACAAUGCAACCACUUAUGAGUCUGCCAUCAUCUACAGAGGCUUCUGGAGUGUCUUCAUGUUGUUGAGCGUGACUGCAGUCAUCUUGGGUGGCUUCAUUCUAGUAUGUGCUGCUCCAUUCACCAGUCCCUGCCUCUAUAAAGCAGGUGGUGGACUCUACCUCACAGCUGGUUUCUUCAUCCUUCUCGCCACUGUGCUGACUGUCAUCUGGUUGGAAGUGAUGGAUGUGGUGGAUUUGUAUGUGGAGUACCAAAAGAGUUAUCUGUGUCCGGAUUUUCAGCUGAAUAUUACGUAUGGUCUUUCGUUUAUGUUCGCCCCAGUGGGCGUGUUCUUCUGCUUUCUCUCUGGCCUGCUCUUCCUCCUGAUUGGGCAGGCACUGAAGAAGCAUUACCAAUAAGCAUAUUAAUGACCAGCAGAAUGAUAUUUGUUCAUGUUCUUGGUAAAGACUGUAUAGCAGUGAGUGUAUGGAAAUAAUACAAAUGUUAACAUCUUUGUAUUCUAUGCUGGGAAGGGUGGGUGGGGGUGGAAUUUAUUUAUCCUGAAAGUGUGGGAUGCAGAGAAAAGUAAUCGUAUGCGUGUUUUCAUUGGAGGUCCAUGGCUGAUUUGGGCAGUGGUUUCAGGAAGCUUUUUUAUUACUGCUCAAUAAGAGGUACAUUUUGUGAAGCAGGAUGUUUUGUCUUGCCAGACUAGCUGGUUGGCUAACAUAUUGGCUGGACACAGAAUUACCAGUCCUCCUUCUAAAAUGUUAUAAAUCUGCAUUUAUCUAUCCUGUGGAUUACCAAAUAUUUUUAUUUAAUCACUUUAUUUCAGCAAGAAUGAAUAUCAGGUGCGUACUGUAAUACUGUUAAAUUGUGGGGCUAGAUUACGGAUGAUAUGGGAUCACUUGAUGUAUAUGUGUGUGUGCGUGUGUGCGUGUGUGUGUGCGUGUGUGUGUGCGUGUGUGUGUGUGUGUGUGUGUGUGUGUGUGGGUGGGGCCAUCCUUGUACAGAUGUAUGGGAUGAUAUUGCAGUGUUCUUUAAAAAUCUCUGUGAUUCUUAUACCAUAUAUACGACUGGUCAAAGUUUGGGACACACGCUCAAAAUAAGGUAUUUAUUUGUACUAUUGUCUACUAUUUCAGUACAAUCAUGGAGAUACUGGCACGAUGAACUAACGUGUUAUAAGUUAGUGUCUAUAAAUUCUUAGUAAAUUCUUAAGCAUUCACACACCCUUGGCAUGUUCUCAACCAGCUUCACGAGCGAGUUUCACCCAAACGAGCUUUUCUUGAAGUUCCCAAGGGCACUUUUUAAAUUCGAAAGGUCUAAAUAAAAACUACUUGUCUGGGGAAACAAUUUCAUUUGAAGUCACAACUACUUGUCUUUACAUAAAACUAUAUUUUCAUUCUUUAAUAAAUGAAUGCCAAGUGAACUUGGGCAUUAGUUCACUAUUUAGUUUUGUCUUAGAAAUGAGUUUCAACCAUAAGGCUUUAUCUAAAUGUCCUUUUGAAUUGUAGUGCAGCUUAUCAAAUCAACUGUGUAGAAAUGUAUGUAAAUUUCCUAUAAUUUGUAUCACCGUGCUAAUCUUAUGAUACAGGUUGGUUGGUUAUGAACAUUUAUGAAGAAUUGGUGUCUUGCUUGGAAAAAAAAAAGAGCUUAUUUUUCCACCAGCCCUGAAAGUUUAUGACACUUAUUAUAUGACUAAGAUGUCUAAUGUUAUUAAUUUUCGUGAAAUAACCAGCUCGGUUUUGUCUACCCAGAUGAGUGGAACCUUUUCAGCUCAAGCUUAAAGCGCUUUUUUUUUUCCCCUGUCCAUAUUUUAUCAUAUUUUUUUUAAAUCAUAUUUUAAAUGAAUUAAUAAACACUCAAGCUAAAUUCA